ACACGAUGUGUUUAUUUAUUGACACUUUUCAACUGCGCUAUUUCUGCUGACAAAAACAUCAAGUAUGCAAGUUGUUUGAAGGAAAAUUUGUCGGAUCAUCACUUUUGUUUCGUCCUAAUGUAACCUCCCAAUGGUCAUAUCAGUCAGCAUAAAAUGGCAACUCAUAGAAUCCUGAGCCUUCACUUCAACCAAGAUCAUGGUUGUUUUUCAUGUGGAAUGGAGGGAGGACUACGGAUUUAUAACACCGAACCUUUAGCUGAGAAAUUCAGAUUAGAUAAAGAUGAAAUUGGAAGCGUGUCUCAGGUAGAGAUGCUGUACAGAACAAAUCUCAUCGCCAUUGUAGGUGGCGGUAGCAUGCCAAAGUUUGCCGAAAACACUGUCCUUAUUUGGGACGACACUAAGAAGAAAUUUGUUCUGGAGUUAACAUUUCCGUCGGUCGUACUGGCAGUCCGACUACGAAGGGACAAAAUUGUCGUUGUCCUCAGAACCAGAAUAUUUGUCUAUAGCUUCCCACAGAACCCUCAAAAGCUGUUAACGUUUGACACCAGACCGAACCUAAGAUGCCUCUGUGAGGUAAGUCCAGGCAACGACAAUCAACUCCUGAUCUUUCCCGGUCACAAACAAGGCAGCAUACAGCUCGCUGAUCUAACCAAUACGGAACCAGCCACUUCCAGUUCACCGGUAACCAUCAACGCACAUCAGACAGACAUUGCUUGCCUUGCAGUCAACCAGGAAGGAACACUGGUUGCUACAGCCUCAAUCAAGGGAACUCUGAUUCGUGUGUUUGACACUCUCAGCCGGAAGUUGCUAAUCGAGCUCAGGAGAGGUGCCGAUCCAGCAACAUUGUACUGUAUUAACUUCAGUAAUGACUCCGCGUACCUGUGUGCCUCGAGCGACAAAGGAACAGUCCACAUAUUUGCCUUGAAAGAAACUUCAUUAAACCGACGAUCAACGUUCUCCAAGAUGGGUUUUCUUGGCCAGUAUGUUGAAUCCCAGUGGGGUUUAGCUAAUUUCACUGUUCCAGCGGAGUGUGCUUGUGCAUGCGCCUUUGGACCACAGACGUCUGUUAUUGCCGUCUGCGUAGACGGAACGUUCCACAAAUAUGUCUUCUCGCCGGAGGGUAACUGCAAUCGGGAGUCGUACGAUGAGUACCUUGAAAUUGGAGAUGAUGAUGAGUUUUAAGAGGACUUCUUCAAAGACACUGGACACUAUUGGUAAUUGUCAAAGACUAAUCUUCUCACUUGGUGUAUCUCAACAUAUGCAG